AUGGGAGGGGAGGAGGGAGGAGUCACCGAGCCCCUGCUGGGGUUCAAUGGAGAUGCCCGGACCGGUGGUCACUCUAGAGCCGCAUUCUUCACGGGAAAGGAAGGAGAUAGAGAAUCGAUACGGGGAGUGAGGGAUUUCUUCAGGGAGUUUGCGGCGGAGUCGAAAGUCCUCUGGUUCCUGGCUGGCCCCGCCAUGUUCACCGCCAUCUGCCAGUAUUCCCUCGGCGCCGUCACCCAGAUCGUCGCCGGCCAGCUCGGCACCAUCGAGCUCGCCGCCGUUUCCGUCGAGAACUCGGUCAUCGCCGGCCUCUCCUUUGGCCUGAUGGUACUAACCCACAUUCUCUAUUUCCGAGAUGCUUUCUAGACCGUGGAAUUCUUCAAAACAGCGCUUUUACUGAUGAACGGCGGCCGCGGUUGGCAGCUGGGGAUGGGGAGCGCUCUGGAGACGCUCUGUGGGCAAGCCUACGGUGCAGGGGACCUGGACAUGUUGGGCGUCUACAUGCAGCGCUCGUGACUCAUCCUACUGGCUACCGCCCUCCUGCUCACGCCGCUGUACGUGUUUGCUACGAGCUGGAUGAACCUGAUCGGCCAGACCCCAGACAUAUCGCGCGCAGCGGGGCGAUUUGCACUCUGGAUGCUGCCGCAGCUGUUCGCCUACGCGCUCAACUUCCCCCUCGCCAAGUUCCUUCAGGCACAGAGCCGGCUGAUGUUCAGGGCAGCGGUGGCGGCGGGGACGCUGCUGCUGCACGCGUUGCUCAACUGGCUUCUGGUACUGCGGCUGGGUUGGGGCUUGCCGGGCGCUGCACUCGUCCUCAACCUCUCCUGGUGGAUCAUCGUGGGAACGCAGAUGGUUUACAUCUUCGGAGGGGCCUGCGGAGAGGCCUGGUCGGGCUUCUCUUGGAAGGCCUUCAAUCAAAUCUGGGGCUUCGUCCGCCUCUCCGUAGCGUCUGCAGUCAUGCUCUGGUGAGUUGCUAGUUCCUUCUCGGUAAACUCACCUCCUACUGUCUAAACUAAAAACGUCUGCGUAACUUUCGGAACCCUUUUUUUAAGUCACUUUGUUUUCCCAAAGCUAUCUUCCUUGAGAACUCUAUCUCUAUCAAUCUUUCUAUCUAUAUAAAUUUUUAUAUAUAUAUAUAUAUAUAUAUUUGUUUCCCUCGAGGUUGAGUCUUAGUAUUGUCAAGCGUACCUACCGAGGAUAAGACACCUCCCUUAAACGGGACAUCUCUUCUCUUGUUCGACUGGCAUCCUGUUCCCCACACAGCUCGAUGAGAUAACAACCAAGGAAGCAGCCCAUAAACCAGGGCUCUGCUUCCAUAGGGUCCAGUGUCCCAUUUUAGUUCAAGCAUGCCACAUGCCACGGCGUGGACGAAGCCUCAUUAUUUUUCAUUCCAGUUUAUUGUUUGAACUGAUUCAGAGAUUAAAUUCGUAAUGUAUUUAUCCCAUUAAUUUUCCUUUUUUGUUUGUCAGCUUGGAGUUUUGGUAUUAUACGGUGCUGAUUCUUUGUGCUGGGUAUCUAACAAAUGCAAAAAUCUCCGUGGAUGCUAUAUCUAUAUGGUAGGCUUCUCAUCUUUUAUUAAACUUCUCCAUUUACCGAUCUUAGAUUUGGAGCGACAAAUAUCUAACUAUACAAUACAGUUUCAGGUAAAAAAAUUUCUUAAGUUUAUGCGAUAUUUGAUAGCAUAAGAUGUCAUAAAAUGAACCUAAUUUCAUUAAGAUUUAAAAUUUUUGUAAAGAGUUCAAUUGCUUCUGUUGUUCAUAUUUAAGAAUUCUUAAGUUUAUACAAUACAUAGUUUUUGUCUUCAUAUAAAUCUUGUCAUAUUUGUUGACAGUGUACUCAUCUUCUUUUUAGUAUGAACAUAAGCGGAUGGACAUUAAUGGUGGCCCUAGGAUCAAACAUUGCCACAAGGUUAGGCAUCAAGCGCUCAUUUUAUUUUAUUUUAUGUUAUGUCAUUUUAAACGGCAGUAAUAAAGGGCAUGAUGGCAGUGUGCGGGUAUCUAACGAGCUAGGAGCUGGUCAUCCGAAGAGAGCUAAGUUUGCUGUAGUUGUCUCCGUUCUCACCUCAUUCCUGAUAGGACUGUUCCUCGCUCUCCUUAUGAUGAUUACUCGGAAGGAGUUCCCAUACGCCUUCACGACCAGCGCAGAAGUCAGAGAGAUGGUCUAUCAGCUCACCCCAUUGCUCGCAAUCACCAUCACCGCCAACAAUGUGCAACCGGUCCUUUCAGGUAUCUAGCUGUGCUUUUCCCGUUCUGAUUUUUCGUGCGUUUUAUUUGAAAUGUCUAGCUGUUCAACGUUAACCUGAUGACGUAUUUGGAUCUUAAUAUUUAGACGACUUGUCAUGUGAUCAGAGGGGUAUCGACAAGCGGUGUAAACUCCCUUUGACGCCUCCGCCUGUCUUUUUACUUGACUUGACGCUGCUUUGUUUUUUUCCCGACAAGUGAUAAACACUGCUUUGUUAGCUUCUGGAGGUUUCUAACUCGCCGUAUUACAUAUCGAACUUGCAUGCCGAGUACUUUAUUGUCUUGUAAAUGGAUAACUUUUGGCUGCAUUGAAAUGUUUGUGCCCAGCGUGGUUACAGUCUACCGAGAUCCAUUUAUAGAUAGAUAUGAUAAUGAGGUAUACAGUCUACAGCUGUGAGAAUGAAGUCUCAAACAUUCUGGAAUAUCAUCGCAUAUUUUCUCAGAAUAGCCCUAUAAUCUAACGUUACAUAAUGUAUUUCGCCAAUGAUUACACGGCUUGAUUUAACGGUGUUUCUCAUACAAUAAAAUGGUCCUGGUUUUUCUCAUCUGAAUAUACAUUCUAUGCGUCAUCAAUAGGUCUGGCCAUUGGAGCUGGGUGGCAGGCAUUCGUGGCGUAUAUCAAUAUUGGAAGUUAUUACUUCUUUGGUGUCCCCAUAGGUCUUCUCUUGGCCUUCAAGUUUGACUUUGGCGUAAAGGUAAUAAUUUAUUCUUUCAUUUAAACUGGGUCGUAGAAUAUCAUCAAAGUUGAGUACAUAAAUGUUCUGUGUUAUGUAUCAUUAAAAGAAAUUAAAUUUCAAAGUGGUUAUAUUAAAUUUCAUUUCAUGACUCUCCAACGUCUAUAGCUUAUUCUCAUAAAAAUAUCUAAAAAUCCACGGGUUAUCUUUCUUACAUAACGUGAUAUUUUCAGGGUAUUUGGUGUGGAAUGAUUUUUGGAACUCUACUGCAAAUAAUGAUCUUAGUUUUGAUGGCUUUUAGAACGAACUGGAACAAAGAGGUGAUUUUGGAUCUCUUCUAUUGUUAUAUAUUCUAUUUGAUUUUUUAUGGCAUCCAAUGAACGCCUACUAAAUGAGCUUAUAAGGGGUUUAUGAUAUUUUCGGAAUUGUCAUUUAUGAAAAUUUUAAUUGACUACAUAACCCCAUUCUUUAUAAGAUUUUAAUUGUCUUAAUUUUAAUUUUCUGAAUCCUAAGAACAAAUAAACCUUUGGAAAGGACAUCGAAAUUUUGAUGUUAUUUCCUAGACUUAUCUCAUGUUUACUUGUAAGAUAUUUCCUAGAAUCGCCUUUUCAUGUGUUUCUUCUCUUGUUCUUGUAAAUAAGUCAACAAUACUAGACCAAGAUUGUAUCCUAUCUGAUUAUAGUUUGCAAGACUUCUCUCAUAUUUCGUUUUUUUAUCUUACCUUGAGAGACAUUAUUGCUAUGACCGCAUUAACUGACAUGAUUAUUUUGGAGAUAUUAUUUUUCUUUUCGUAAUUCAAACACGUCAAGGUAAAAAGCCCAAACAGAAAAUUAAAUAUAAGGACAUGUAUGUGUCAUGAAUAGCUAUGAACUCAAUUUUUUGGUAAUGAAGACAUUGAUCAAGUGGAAGGUUUUGAGCAUCUGUCUCAUAUAUAAUAUAAAUUACGAAUAGUUUUGGUAUUUCCAUUUUUUCAAGACUUGCCUUGUAGUUUGGCAUGGCAUUCAAAAGAAAUAUCGGAACUUACUUAUUCUAGUUUUCCCUGUCAAUUUUUAUAUUCCCUAUAAGACAAUUCAUUUCUUAAUGGUGUAAUAUUUUGUGUGGAAAAUCUGUGAUAUGAUAUAAAUAUAUGAACGUAGAGCAUGCCAAAUUUAUAACAUGAAUAGAAUUUAUCAAUUUUGAUUUAGAUGGUGGAUGUGUAAUAUCAUCUCCACUAAUUCAAUAUAUUCGACAAUGUAUGCUAUUUUAUAUUACUUCUAGUUUAAUUAUUUUGAUAGUCCAAUAAGAAUAUUAUCUUGCUCAUUCUAUCAACUAACUGAUUUAAUGUUCUUUACAGGCAUCAACAACGAGGGAAAGAGUUAAGAAAUGGGGGGGAGGUAUAAAUAAGGUUACAAAAUGA